CACAAACACACACAAAAAAAGAUGUACAACUGUCUCUUUUAUAUCACAGAAAGUACAUUUAUUCUGGCGGUUGUUAACCGGUUCAACUGGUUCAUUGUAAAAGAUCCGACUCAUAAGAAUGAUUCGUUAGCGAAUCCUCUGAUUUGUUUCAUCGGAGCGGCGCUGUGAACAAACGGCAGCAUUUGUUUUCAACGGAAGCACUUUGCACGUCACAAUAAGAGUAUCAUAUCACCCAUCUGAGAUGGUGUUUUUCUAAAAAAAGUUUUUAAUACUUUGUUGCUGCGGUUUAAAACGAUUUUUCCUUUAGCAUGAUUGUCAAUUACAGUAGUAGCAGUUCUGAGGAAGAAACGGAACACUCUUCAAAAAAUGAUUCCUCACCUUUAAGGAAAAGAAGAAAACCUGACGCUCAAACCAGCACCAGUGAACCUUUGGAUCAUGGAUCUGUUAAAAGGAAAGCUGGCAACUUGACACCUCGCUUGCCUCUUCCUGACAGCGUGAAGGAGAUGUUCAGGGAAUCAGAAGAACAGUGGACCGAUAAAAGUGAAGAACACGGAGGGCGACAUCGGUCCUUCCAGCAUGAGCGAGGCAACUGGGCUACAUACGUGUUCUGUCCUUAUGAUCCUGAGGAGGCCUUCCUGGAGCUACUCAAUGAAAUAAUGGCGGUUGCAGCCGCUCACGGUGUCCCUAUGACUCUGUCAGAAGAAUUUCACCUCAGUCUCUCGAAGACGGUGGUUCUUCGCCAUCACUGGAUUCAACCGUUCAUUCAGUCCAUUCGAACUGGUCUGACCCAGUUCCACAAGUUUUUCUGCUUGGCUGAUAAACUGAGGGUGUAUUCUAAUGCUGAAAAGACUAGGACCUUUCUUGGUAUGGAAAUCUCCACUGGACAAACUCAGUUGCUUGAGCUAAUCAAAAUAGUGGAUGAAACCAUGAAAGAAUUCAACCUUAGCACCUUUUAUAAGGAUCCUUCUUUCCACAUAAGCCUCGCUUGGUGUGUAGGCAACCAUACGGAAAAACUGAAAAAGACAUGUUUGUCAGAAAUGCAGAGUCUCGUUGAUGCUUAUGAAGACGGGCCAUUUUACAUAAAGCUCAAUUGCACCGAGCUUCGCUGCAAAGCGGGAAAUAAAGUCUUUCUUUUUCCCCUCCAGUGAUCUUAAAACACUGUUAAGAAUGUGAAUUUUCAAGUUUGUUUAUAUAUAUAUAUAUAUAUAUAUAUAUAUAUAUAUAUAUAUAUUAUAUAUUGUUUUUUUUUAAAAAAAUAUUAGUUCAAUUCCACAAUAACAAUUUCCUGAUAAUUUACUCACCCCCAUGUUAUCCAAGAUGUUCAUGUCUUUCUUUCUUUAGUCGAAAAUAAGUUUUAUGAGGAAAACAUUUCAGGAUUUUUCUCCAUAUUGUGGACUUCAAUGGGGAUCAAUGAGUUGAAGAUCCAAAUUGCAGUUUCAGUGCAGCUUCAAAGGGCUCUACACGAUCCCAGCUUAGGAAUAAGGGUCUUAUCUAGCGAAAUAAUUGGUAAUUUUACAAAAAAAUUAAAAUUUAUAUACUUUUUAACCACAAGCACUUGUCCUGUGCUUGACUUCACACAUUUAGCAAACAAGUAAAAAAAAAAAAAGUCACGUGACGUGCCCAGUGUUUACAAAGCGAACAUGUAAAGUCAAUCGCCCUGUACAAAAAAAGGUAAAACAACGUCAGAUGAUUUUGAAGUUGGAGGAGAAAAUGAGAUGGAGUUUUUUCGCCUUGAACCGAGGUACACAAACAAAUGUGUGAACUUUCCAAUAUAGUAACGUAAUGUGUGAAGUCAUAGAUGUGCAUUGCAGAGCUAGUGGAAGAUGAGCAAUGAAGUAUAUCAAUUUAAGUUUUUUUUUUUUUUUUUUUUUUUUUUGGAGAAUCGUUUUGCUAGACAAGACCCUUAUUCCUUGGCUGAGCCCCGCAGUUUGGACUUUCAACCUGUUGAUCUCUAUUGAAGUCCAUUAUAUGGAGUAAAAUCCUGGAAUGUUUUCCUCAAACUUUUUUUUCGACUGAAGAUGGAAAGACAUGAACAUCUGAUGACAUGAGGUUGAGUCAAUUUUGAGGAAAUUUUCAUUCUGGAAGUGAACUAAUCCUUUAAAACUUUUCAUAUUUAA